GCGAGGCAGCGAGAGGCGGGGUCCUUCUCCCCUCCCCCCGCGCCCCUCCCCCCGAUAAAGCCGCCGCCGCAGUCGGGCCCCGAGCGCCGCCGCUACCAGGUCCCGUCAGCGCCCGUUGGACAUCGCCUGCGCCUCACGAUGCCUUCAAUUAAGCUGCAGAGUUCAGAUGGAGAGAUCUUUGAAGUUGAUGUUGAAAUUGCAAAACAGUCUGUAACCAUAAAGACUAUGCUGGAAGACUUGGGCAUGGAUGAUGAAGGCGAUGAUGACCCAGUCCCUCUUCCAAAUGUCAAUGCAGCUAUUUUAAAAAAGGUGAUUCAGUGGUGCACCCAUCACAAAGAUGAUCCGCCUCCUCCCGAGGAUGAUGAGAACAAAGAGAAAAGAACGGAUGACAUCCCUGUGUGGGAUCAAGAAUUUCUGAAAGUAGACCAAGGAACACUGUUUGAACUUAUCCUGGCUGCAAAUUACUUGGACAUCAAAGGUUUGCUUGAUGUCACAUGCAAGACAGUUGCAAACAUGAUCAAGGGGAAAACUCCAGAAGAAAUUCGCAAGACAUUCAAUAUUAAGAAUGACUUCACUGAAGAGGAAGAAGCACAGGUACGCAAGGAGAACCAGUGGUGUGAAGAGAAGUGAAGCAUUGUGCCUGACACUCGAACACUGUAAGGAUUGUUCCAAAUACUAGUUGCACUGCUCUGUUCAUAAUUGUUAAUAUUAGACAAAUGCAGCAGCAAAUGAAGUUGUGUUAGCAGGAUAUUGUUCCCUUUGCAUGUGUAGUGGUUUUUUUUUGAGUAUAAAUUUAAAUCUGCGUUUUUACUAGUGUAAUGGGAUGUCUUUUUACUUUACUCUGCAAUGAAUAAAACUGAACUAAGUGUGGAUUCUGUAUGGAAAGUAGCACUUAAGGUUGUCAUUUUCAUUAUGCUCUUUUUAACUGUUCCACGUCCAGUUACGAUCUUGAGCAUUGACUCCACCAUUGUAAAUAAAACCACCUUUGCUUUCUUCCUCAGGAAGAACAAAACACUUAUUUACAGGGUAUUGAUGGCUUCAGAAAGGAAGAAUAAAUGUGUCUUGGGGAGCUACAUAAAGUUUAAAAAAAGAAAUUGGAUUUCCUACAAAAACAUUGCGGAAAAAAAUUAGUGUUGAAGCUCUAUACUUUCAAGAUGGUUCUUGUUCUGCAUUUAAAAAAAUCUGUCCACUUCCUUGCCCUGUUAGUCUUGCCCCAUAGGCUAGUGACAGAUGUGACCUAGAGCUAAGCAAGCUUCUGGCAGCAGACUGGGCAGGCUUCAGCCAUGUCUUGCAGCUCUGCCUCUCGCUGGCAGCAGGUGGAACGUGUGCUGCUUUAUGCACAGGACAGGUGUUCUUAUACUUUUUUUCUUGCUAAAAGUGGAAUCCAGGUUUGACCAAAAAAGACUGACAUUACCAAAGUUAAUAUUAUCGACCUGUGCAUGCCGUUAGUGGCUGUUUUUUAGGCAAUUUUAAACUGCCCUUGUGAUGUAGCUCUUUACAACAUGGUUUUCAUGUACCCACGGGAGAUCUUUUUGCCUAUGUAUGUGAUACUUCUGCUUGUAGAGACUUAAUUAUUGCAUACAAAGCUAAUGGAAUAUUGAGCUUGACUUCUUUGGACAAAGCCACUUGCAACUAGUUAAACAGUAACUGGUUUCCUGAUUUUUAUUUUAAUUUUUUUUUACAGUUCCCUUAUAGGGAGUAGGGGAUGGUUUUGUGGUAGAUCUUUGAGGUGUGCUCUUAGCUUGUAUUGCAUUCCAUUCUCUGUAUAAAUCUUAGAGUAGAAUGAACCUUAAUAAACAUACUUAUCUCACUUUAAA